GUACACUUCACUUAUUCCAGUUGCUAAGCUAAAGCUAAAGCUAGGCUAACUAGCUGCUGAAGAGUGACAUGAAGUCAAGUUUCCACAAAGUGUCAAUGAAGGAGCUCCCGCAGUGAUCGGACAUGGAGUUAAGGAAAAUAACGGAGCAGUCUCCUCUGGUCCAGGCCAUAUUCAGUAGGAACGCAGAGGAUGUGACAUUUCUGUUGAGCCACGAAGAAGAUGUGAAUUUACUGGACCAAGACCACAGCACACCACUUCAUGCUGCUGCAUAUAUGGGCGAUGUCCAUGUUAUGGACCUACUUAUCAGUUCAGGCGCAAACGUCAACGCUAAGGACCAGGGCUCAUUGACCCCUUUACAUCGAGCAGCCGCCUCACGAAAUGAAAGAGCUGUGGAGCUGCUCCUGAAAGAAAAAGCAGAGGUCAACGCAAGAGACAAAUUCGGGCACACCCCGUUACACAUGGCGGCUGCAAACUGGGCCACAGGCUGCGCCGAAGCACUGCUGCCGCAUGUUAGCAGCUUAGAUGUAGCGGACAGAUCGGGUCGGACGCCGCUUCAUCACGCAGCAUACAGCGGCCAUGAUGAGAUGGUGAACUUGUUCCUGCGUAAAGGUGCCAAAACUUGUGCCAAGGAUAAGAAGGAAAGGCAGCCAAUCCACUUGGCUGCAUACCUCGGACACGUGGAGGUUGUGAAGCUGCUGGUGUCGCACGGAGCAGACGUGAUGUGCAAAGACAAGUGUGGCUACACUCCGCUCCACGCUGCAGCUGCCAGCGGACAAUCAGAUGUGGUUCAAUAUCUGUUGAGCCUGGGGGUGGAGACUGACGAAGCCAACAUUUUUGGGAACACGGCGCUCCACAUGGCGUGUCACACGGGACAAGACGCCGUGGCCACUGAGCUGGUGAACUGCGGCGCCAACAUCAACCAGCCCAACUACCACGGAAACACGCCGCUGCAUCUCGCCGCCACCUCCUCCAGCGGCGUGUUGUGUCUGGAGCUGCUGGUCAACAACGGAGCCGACGUCAACAUGCAGAAUAAAGAAGGGAAGAGUGCUUUACACAUGGCUGCGAUGUACGGUCGCUUCACAGGAUCCCAGAUUCUCAUCCAAAACGGUGGAGAGGUUGACUGCGUCGACGUAAAUGGGAACACUCCUCUUCACGUUGCAGCCAGACACGGGCAGGAGUUGCUGAUCAGCACUCUGCUGACAAACGGUGCCGACAGAAGCAGACAAGGGAUUCAUGGGAUGAUUCCUCUCCAUCUGGCUGCACUCUAUGGAUUUCCUGACUGUUGUCGGAAAUUAUUGUCUAAUGGACAAUUUUACAACAUCGUGGCGCCUCUGACAAGCGGUCAAACACCGGCAGUGGGGUUUGAUAUCAACAUGUUGGAUGACCACGGCAGGACCUGCCUGCAUGCCGCUGCCUCUGGAGGAAAUGUGGAGUGUCUCAACUUGCUUAUAAAUUUUGGAGCUGAGCUUGAUAUCAAAGACGAUUUGGGAAGAUCCCCUCUUCACUACGCCGCAGCCAACGGGAACAGCCAGUGCACCGUGUCCCUGGUGAGGGCCGGCGCCGAGGUCAACGAGCUGGAUCUGACCAACUGCAGCCCUCUGCACUACGCCGCCGCCUCGCACACCUUCUGCGGCGGAGGCCCGAACUCUGAGUCCAGCAUCAGUUUAGAAAAGGAACAAGAAGCUUCUUUAUGUUUAGAUUAUUUACUCGACAACGGGGCAAACCCAACCUUGAAGAACACAAAGGGCUACAGCGCCGUCCACUACGCCGCAGCUUAUGGGAACAAGCAGCAUCUUGAGCUGCUCUUGGAGAUUUCUUUCAACUGCCUGGAAGAAGCUGAAAGUAAUAUUCCCGUCAGUCCCUUGCACUUGGCUGCGUAUUACGGCCACUGUGACGCGCUGCACUUGCUUUGCGAGACGUUAGUGAGUCUGGACGUGCGGGACGUCGAAGGCCAGACUGCGCUGCACCUGGCCGCCCACAGAGGCUUCGCCUCGUGUGUGGAAGUCCUGUUGAAACAUCAAGCCUCGUACACGCUGAAGGAGCACAGGCGCAAGUGGACAGCUCUCCACGCUGCAGCUGCUGAAGGCCAAAUGGAGUGUUUGCUCUUGUUGGUCAACAUGGAGCAAAGUGCUGAUAUUAUUGACAGUCAAGACACACAAGGACAGACGGCUCUCAUGUUGGCCGCUCUGGGACUUCACACCGACUGUGUCCACAUCCUUUUGGAGAAGAAGGCACAGGCCGACGCUGGAGACAAACAGGGAUUCACUGCGUUGCACAGAGCUGCGAUGCUGGGCAGUGAGGAGUGUGUAUCUGCUCUGUUGGAGCACGGGGCCUCCGCUCUGUGCCGAGACUCUCAGGGACGGACGCCGCUGCACCUGGCAGCGUCUCGCGGUCACACGGAGCUGCUCCGCACGUUGCUCAUGGCUGCCCGGACAGCCGACCCUCUGGACUCCAUGUUGGACUACAGAGGCUACACGCCCACUCACUGGGCCGCCUACCAUGGGCAUGAAGGAUGUUUAUGCAUUUUACUUGAAUAUAAACUUUAUAGCACCAGGGAAGGAAAUUCAUUCACCCCACUACACUGUGCUUUAGUUAAUGGCCAUGAUGUUGCUGCUAAUCUUCUGGUGAAAACUGUCGGCCCUCAAGCUGCCAGCGCUGUUGAUGCCAAAGGAAGGACUCCCCUUCACGCAGCAGCUCAUUCUGGAAAUGUUGCCGGGCUCCAGCUGGUCCUGGAUCAGGGUGCAGAGGUCAAUGCUGUGGACAAACGUGGAUCAUCUGCUCUGAUGGUUGCUGCGAGCUGCGGACAGACCAGCGCUGUUGAGUUCUUGCUGCACAAGGCGAAGCCAGACCUGACCCUGGUGGAUGUCAAUAAUAACACAGCCCUUCACUUAGCCUGCAGCAAGGGCCAUGAGAUGUGUGCUCUGUUGAUCCUGGGAGAGAUCGCCGACUCCUCCCUCAUAAAUGCCAGAAACAACGCUCUCCAGAUGCCCCUUCACAUUGCGGCGCGAAAAGGCCUGGCCACAGUUGUGCAGGUUUUACUGAGUAGAGGAGCAGCCGUCAUGGCUGUCGAUGAGGAAGGUCACACACCAGCCUUGGCCUGUGCCCCCAACAAAAACGUAGCAGACUGUCUGGCCCUGAUCCUCUCCACCAUGAAGCCUUUCCCUCCCAGAGAAGCCAGCAAUGGCACAGCCUCACACUUUGGCUCCAUCCUGAAGAACUGUGGCAUCGCCGCGGGCUGCGGCUCCAGUGGAAACCUGUGUCACGCCUGAGCUCCAGGCCGCAGUGGCUCCGACAGCCUCGCACACACACGCACGCACACACACACACACGCACACCUCAACAUACGCGUGGCCAUGUAAGGCUUCCUCUCUCGUGUCAUGACAUUUAUACACGUGUCAUGUAGCAUUUAUGCACCAGUAGCAGCGGUUGCUUCUCUUAAACCUAGUCUUACAUUGCUAACAUUAGUGUCCCUCUUAGAUGAUCUUCUGUGUGAUAGGUUAUGUUAAUGAAGUACUAAGCAUUUGAAAUGAAUAGUUUUAACAUGAGCACAUGAACCCCCCCCCAACCCCCACCUGAAAUUAGUCUGUUGAUUUUUGAGCUUCGUACCCACCAAAACCUGAAACCUCAUUGUUUGUCCUCAGAUGAUACAAAGUGAAGGAGUGCUUGGCCGUAUGUUUGUGUGACUGGAGUGUGUACGUGUUAUGAGUGUUUGUCACUAUAAGUGCUUUUUUUUUUUUUUUUUUUGCAUAUUUGUAACUGCUUCUUAAUUUACAUGUUUUACAAAAACCUAACUAGGGCUGUAAAGCUUUUAUGCAAUUAAUAAGACUCUAUUUUCAUAUCCAUCCGAUGGUGUAGCAUACACUACAAAAUAUAUAAAAUAACGUACUAUUCUAAUAUUAUUGUGACUAAAUGCAACUGUCAAAAGCAUGUCUAUAGUUUUAAUAAUGUAGUUUGCUAUGUUUAGUAUGUAUAUAAUUCUUGAAAUGAAGUUAAACUCCUUCCUGCUUUAUCUUGAAACCCAAAAUUAUCGAGAAUUAACCUCAGGUCAGUGUGUACUGUACUGUAGGUGCAAUGACAAGCACACCUUGAGCUGGAUGUUACACACCAAGUGUAGAGCACAAAAAAAAAGUAUUUCAGUCAGAUACGCCAGAAUGAAACAGUGCUUUAACUUUUUAAGAGCACAGGAAAUAAAUCUUUUAAGCUUUUAUUGUAAAUGUCAUGAGACAUUUCACUAUAUUUGGAACUAAAUGUUACGUAGAUUUUAGUGUAAUUAUUGAUAUUUUUGCACAGCAAGUUUAAGAUUUCAUGCCAUCUUGUUUUAAAUGAUCAGAAGUUGAAGACCCAAAGACAGAUAAUAGACUCUGAUGUAAAACCAAGAAAAGCUGCAUUUGUCAUGUUUGAAAAGCGGAAGCUCACAAAUCUAAAAAGAAAAAGUGUUUUUUGUCUUCCCAGUUUGCCAAUGCAGUGAAGAGAACCAGUGUUGGCAUUGUUUUGAUUAUGAAGAGCUGUGUUUUAGCUGUUAAACAGUUUUGUUUUUCCUUUCAGUCCACACAGAGUGAUUUGUUCUGUUAUCGGGACAAUUAGCUACUUGACCAGAGAGUAUUUGGGAAAUACAGCAGAACUGCACGAUUGAAUUCUGUCACUGUUCAUAUUAGAGUAGCAUUGAACCUCAAAUGGGUUAACGUUCCAAAACCAAAACACCACAUUUGGUGGCAUUGUGAAAUAAAGAUAUGUCCUGGGUAAGGAAUAGAUGUAUUCAACAUUAUGCAAUUUUUUUGGAAUGACUUACGAUCGUGCAGAUAAAAGUCCCAGGUUGCGGGUUUAUUGAUGAUUUCAUUGGCUCUCUGAAGUUAAGUUUAAGUGGUCCAUUAGGAAAAAAAUGUGGCUUCAAACUGUUGGUUUCACUGUCCAGCAUUCAAUGUAUGGUUGAAGUAUAAUUGUUGAAUGACUGAUAUAUAGAUAUCAUGACUGAAGUAGAAAAAAAAAUUGCCAAGGUCAAAAAGGUAAUAUGAAUCAUUGUUUUUAACUUAAUAAAUGAGUAAAAUAUUGAAGUGCAAGUAUAAACCAUGCCACUGCCUCUCUUUUUUAAGUUUUAAAACUGCUGUUGUGAAUUAUGUAUGUUUUUUUUUUUAUUCUCAUUUUAAAGCUACAGCUUCUGCUCUUUCUCUGACUGCCUUUUUCCAGUGUAAAACCAGGUGUAUUAUCCUAAAUGGCUUUAGAAUAUUUGCACUGUGACAUUAAAGUUUACAUUUUACAGUAAACCAUUCUUCUUGGUGUCAUGCAAAUAUAUUUGAAAUUCAGAUCAAAAACUGUAAUGGAAUAUUGCAAAAUUAGAUUUUCCAUCAGGGAUUAAUCUGGUGCAGAAGUUUAUGUAUCAAUAUGUCUUCCAUGCAUAAUACUGAGAUUUCAGUGUGUAACACCUUUAACGCUCUGUGUGAUUUAGUUGUGGCUGACAUACAACUCAAAAUAAAUUACUGCCAUCAAUGGA